UUCCUCCAAACGUCAAUUUAAUGGCGGUGUGUGUCGAUCGAGUUUGUAGCUUGUUUGGUUUUGUGCUCCCAUUCGGCGUUUUCCUGUGAAAUUUCUUGCCAGAACUGCGAUUUCCCGUGCAAAAUGUCCGCCAUGGAAAAUCGCGACGAAGUGCUGCAGCUACUUGAGCGGUUCACGCGUCUGAAACAGAAAGAAAUCCCGCGAGAGCUGGAGGACUAUCUGAGCUUUGUCGCCCGUACCGGCGACACGGUCUAUCCAUGGGCAGCGGUUAAAUACUUCUUCCGGACCAAGUUGAGCCAUGUCAUCAUGGAUUUUCACGAUAACACACCGAGUAUUGCCGAUUUGCCUCAGUGUCCCAACGUUGAUCCGUUCUGUUACGAUCGGAUGAAGAGGACAUUGUUGAGCCGAAUGGAGUCGUUCAACUCUGCUCCGUUUACUAUUCAGCGGAUCUGUGAGCUGUUGAACGAACCGCGAAAACAUUACACACGUAUUGAUAAAUUCAUGAGAGCCGUCGAAAAGAAUAUUCUGGUGGUCAGCACUCAGGAACCGGGACGAAGAAGAUCAGACAGCGAAAAUGGCGAUUCGCUGGAUUCUAUUGUCAACGGCGAUUUGGAAGUUAAUGUGGACAUCGAAAUGGACAACGAGGCGUUUGGAAUCGAAUCAAACGAGAUGGCAGCUCAUGCCGGCGUUGCGACCGUCGGACCCCCAGUGAAUAUAACAACUCCGGCCCACGCAGAAGAAGUACCUCCGACGAUGGAACCAACGGAAGAACAAGAUACGGAGAAACAAGUGUCCGAUGAUGAGCCCAAAUUGGCACCUAUCGAUAACGAUAUCAACAAUUUAAAAUCGGAAGAAACAGCACCAGCAGAAGUGAACGGGAGUGGUGAAGACGACUCUGGGACAACAGACGAUGCUACAGUUCCUAUUGAAAAGCAUCUCUAUUCAACCGAAGUACAGCCUAAUUCCGACGAUACUACUCCUCUUGAUGCCCCUGCUGAAGAACCUUCACCCGCUGUAGUCGAUUCUGUUGCAGAUGACGAAGAAAGGAAGCUUGACGAACCUUUACCAACAGAACAGCUUGCUACUGAAAAUGAACCAAUUCAGGAAUCUCUCGAUACCGACAAACCUCCAUCGUCGGCUGAAGUUCUCCAAACAGGAACUGAAAUCGAUUCAGCUGAUGACGAAGAGCCGAAAGCUAAGAUGGCCAAACUUUCACAAGAAGAACUACCAGAUACCGAUAUUGUGCCUCCGCAACCACUACCAGAGGAAUCAGCUACGGAGGAUACGACAAUUGAACCUAUCAGUACGGCAGUGGUUGGGGCUACAACCGAAGAGCUCUCAGAAUCUGAUGUGGUGUCAGUUUUCCCUUCAAUAGAAUCGUUCCAAUCCGGUGAACCUGAAUCCGCCAGCGAAAGCAGCAUCGUCUCCUCGGAUGAUCCUUCCGCUUCGAGUGCAGUUUCCGUUUUUAGCACUGUGUCGGCGGAUACUAAUUCAGCAAAUUCGCUCGCAACUGUGGAGGAUAAUACAACACCCGUAUUGGAUAAUUCCUUAGAAAAGGACCAAACGAUUGACGAAUCACAGCCCGCUAUUGAGGCAAUCGAACCCAAAUCAACUGAACCCUCCGAAGCACCUGAAGUUGAUGAACAAGUUGUCAAAAGCAUUGACCUCGAAGUUCAUUCAUUGCCGGUGGAAGCACCGGAUCAACCUCCUUCCGCUCAAGUGAUCUCCGAUGAAAUGGAAACCAUUCCUUCUGCCAUAGUGUCGGAAAACGUCAUGGCCACCGACGAGGAGGAACAGCCACCUUCGGAGGUCGUCGACACUACUGUCCCGAUGGCGGCCGAUGCUUCCGAAACGGUUAAACCUGACGAAAAUGCGAUGGAUAUUGACGAAUCCAGCGUGGAGCCCAUGGAUCAGUAAGCGAUGGCCUCAGUGUUCAUUUAUAAACUCCCAAAACCCUAGACUACAAAAACCGAAAACUUUUUAAGGCAACUGCUGAAGCAGCUGCGAUAGCAGAAAGAGAGAGAUACAAAUUCUUGACCACAAACCUGCGCUGUAAGUAUUCUAAAAUACAGGACACAAACUUAACGUGUAACAUGAGUUAAAGUUGUAAUAAAUGAUUACAAAUAAGUAGCUACUAACCUGA